GUUUAUACCGACGCAGCAAUUGAAUGCAUUUUUUCCCCAAUAUUAUGUGUCCUGUGAAUUUGUGGGUUUUAUUUUGACUAGUCGCAGAUAACAGUGUUUAUUACCUAAGAACACUUUGUGUGUGUGUGUAGUCUUUAUACCUUUUAGGAUUGUUAUUCUGAUGCUCCAAUCUUCCUCCAUAUUACGUUUUUCGACAUUCGCGUUGAACCCCGAGACGUCGAGGGCCCCGCACGGUCCGCCAAGAGGUUUGAUUAACCGAUAUAUCUCCAUGGGCCUUCCGCCAUGGGCAGCCUGGUGUAAUAAAGUGAAUCGUUACUCCCUCUAUCGCAUGGCCGACGUGAAGCCGCGGUCAUUCCUCCCAAAGUACCCACAGGAGAUGGAUGUGAUUUGGUUGAAUGAACGGGUACGAGAGCGGGUGAGGACGUCGCGACAGGUCCAGCACGUUUACCGGCAACUUAAAUACCCUUAUGUGAAGACGGGAAUUCAUUACAGUGAUAUUCUCGAUCACUGGGUGCAGGUUCCUAUGGUGGAGGCGGCCAUGUUCGAAGUGGAAAAGAAUGGUGGGUUUGAUAACUUUAUUUUAAAGCGCUCAGGCCCUGAACUCUGUUCAACCUACGGUGAGCGAAUUAGACGGCAUUUGCUUGUACGCCAAAAAGAAAUUAAAAAGAACUUUGUUCUAGAUCAGCAUGCGAAGGCACUUUCGGAAGCAGUAUACAAAGAGUUAGUUAAGACCCAAAACGAAGAGGAGCUAGACUUAGUUAUUGCCAAAUAUGGUGUGGACGGGGAACAAUUUAAGCGUUGUCUGGCAAAGUUGGUGUUAAAUGAAAGAAAACAGAACAACCAACAACAGGUGGCCUAAUUAUUGUGCAAAAUGAGUUAUGAAAGGAAAAAAAAAUAGAUGAACGAAUCUCACUUAAAACCUUUUGCUCUAUGCCCUCAUACGACAUCUCAUGCGUUUUCUGA